UUGGUGAGAAUACCAACACGUGAGACAUCCACUUCAGAAAUGGACUCUCCUUACACUCCUGACUCUUCUGGUGUCCCAGAUCCUCUUGAUGGUCUGGACACGCAUGAUGGUCUGGACACUUGUGAUGGUCCAGAUACGACCACUGUUUCAGAUAAUCUUGAUGGUCCUGACAGCCCUGAUGGUACAGACACUUCUGAUGGUCCACAUAAUCCUGAUGGUCCAGACAUUCCUGAUGGACCAGACACUACUGAUGGUGCGGAUAUUCCUGUUGGUUCAGAUAAUCCUCAUGAUCCGGACACUCCAGAUGGUCCAGACACUCCUUACAGUCUGGGCACUUCUGAUGAUCCUGAUCCCUCUGAUGUUCCUGAUACUUCUGAGGGGCCCAGUACUCCUAUUGGUCCCAUAACUUCUGAUGGUUGCAGUACUUCUGAGAGUCCCCGAGUUUCUCAUGGUCCCAAUGCUCAGGAUGGUCCUGAAUCUCCUGCUCCUCUUGCUGCCCUUCUGGAUCCUGCUAUUUCUGCGGAAGCUGAUGUUCCUGCCCCUCUUUCUGUUCCUGCCGAUGGCCCCGCAUCUCCUAAUGCUGCUGACUAUGAUGAUGAAGAACAUGCUCUACAAGUUGCUAAAGUCGUUCACACUAAGGAGAAAAAUGAUAAAAAUGAAAGUGCCUGUCCUUUGGAGAAAGUAAACAAACGUGAAAUUACAAAAAGUCCAUUGAAAAAAUUGGUGAGGCCAUCAACACCUAAGACAUCUACUGCAGAAAUGGACAAAUUGAUGGAAGUGAACGGUCAUCCCUUGUCAGAGUCCACUAUCAGAUUGGAACGUAAUGAUCAUGCAUUUCCUUACAAAUAUCUAAGUCAUUUAAUUCGGACUGGAAUUGCAGGUGACUGCAUUUUAUGGAGUAGUAUGCAAAAGCAGUAUCUUAAUGGAAUUCAACAUGCAAAUGAUGUGCUGACAUGA